AAACUUUAAUGACUUCUAUCAUCCCCCAUGUGGCUCGUCUCUUCCGUCUUCAUCAUCCAUCUUCAUCUUCCUUUUUUCCCCGGUUACCAUCGCGCCCGCAGGCUUGCUUUUCGUCCCACUCGUCUCAAUUUAAAAAAGAACCCCGUCACGAGUCAUUUGCCAUUGUCAGGGCCACUGGUUUGAGCUCUGUCGUCCCUCUUGCAGGAAGCGGGAGAGAGAUGGGGUGGGUUGAGACGGUGAAGAACGCAGAGAACUUGGUCGAAUCAGCCAUGAAAGGGAACGAUGCCUCUCACGACGCUGCUCACGUUUUCAGGGUCAGGGAUUUGGCUCUCUCUCUUUCCUUGGAGGAAGGCCUCUCUUCUUCCCCUCAGUCCAUGCAAAUUGUUGAGCUUGCUGCACUUCUCCAUGAUAUAGGUAAUCCUUUAGAAAUAUGCAUAGACCCAUCUGAGGAGAAAAUUGUUGAGAAUUUUCUUGAAAAGGAGGGAAUAGAGCAGAGUAUGAGGAAGAAGAUUUUAAGGAUCAUAAAAAGAAUGGGUUUCAAGGAGGAACUUGCAGGGAUCACUAAUGAUGAAUAUUGUCCAGAAUUUGGGGUAGUGCAAGAUGCUGACCGGCUUGAUGCAAUUGGUGCUAUUGGGAUAGCCCGUUGCUUUACUUUUGGUGGAAGUAGGAACAGAGUGCUUCAUGAUCCAGCCAUUCUUCCACGAUUACAUUUGUCAAAAGAACAGUACAUGAAGAAACAGGAGCAGACAACAGUGAAUCAUUUCCAUGAAAAGCUUCUCAAGAUCAAGGAUUUGAUGAAAACAAAGGCUGGGCAGAAAAGGGCUGAAAAAAGGCACAAGUUUAUGGAGGAAUUUUUAAGAGAGUUUUAUGAAGAGUGGGAUGGGAAAGCAUAAGAAAGAAGCUCUUCUGUCUACUCGAAUCAAGACGGAGACAAUUGCUGGUUUACUGUUCUAAGAAUUUGUGUCCAAGUAUCAUCAUCUAUAGUUUGCAUAGAAAUGAAUAUAUUUUUGAUAUUAUGUUCUUCCUGUGUAUGAGGAUUGUUCCAUAUUGAUGAAUCCUUGACAAGUGAAGAACAGUGUGCGCUUUAAACUAUUAACCCAAUCAAAGAGAGAUCUUGGAACUUUGUUUGGCUAUAAGUGAGAACUUAGGUGCCUCUUGGAAAAAAGAGGGGGAGCAAAAUUUACAAUCAAAUGCUGCUAUCAACUGGGAUUUGGAUUUUCAUUUUUUGGUAUGUGAUAGAACCAUGAUUAGGAUUUGGUUCUUGUUCGA